AUGGCUGAAGAUCUUUCAUCAAAUAAAGAGUCAUCAAAAGUGGACUUAUUACUAGGAAAUGAUUAUUACCUAGAUAUUGUAAUGUGUCAAAGAAUGGAAGUAAAACCAGGACUUUAUCUCCUGGCUUCAAAGCUUGGUUGGAUACUUACAGGCCGAAUACAGGAAACAAGUGUAUAUGAAAAUGAAACAAAUAUGCUUAUUCUUACGCAUGGAUCAAAUGUAUGUGUAAGCACCACAAAUGUGUUUGCUAGUGUUGAUUCAGUUGUUCAAACCAAACCAGAGUUGGAAGACUUUUGGAAGAUCGAAUCGUUAGGAAUAACAGACAGUCAAGAUAAUACAAAUGAUGAAAUUGCUUUAAUGAAAUUUAAAGAUACAUUAAUAUAUGACAACGGAAUGUAUCAAGUAACAUGGCCUUGGAAAGAAGAAACUCCAGAAUUGCCAGAAAACAGAGAGCUAGCAUUGGCUCGAUUGAAAUCAAAUAUAGCAAGAAUGAAAAACAAACCAGAAGUGUUGAAAAAAUAUAAUGAAGUGAUACAAGACCAACUUAGUAAAGGUGUAAUCGAGAAAAUAGAUAGAAGUUCGAUGAGUGAUUUAGUGCAUUAUAUUCCACACCAUGCAGUAAUUACCCCACACAAAUCAACUACCAAAUUACGUGUUGUUUAUGACGCAUCUGCAAAAUCAGAUAGAAACAAUAAAAGUUUGAACGAGUGUUUAUAUCGAGGUCCAGUUAUGAUUCGUGAUCUUUGUGGAUUAUUGAUGCGUUUUAGACAUCAUCAAGUGGCAUUGGUUUCGGAUAUUGAAAAGGCUUUUUUACAAAUUGGCCUACAGCAGGAUCAGCGGGAUGUCACACGAUUUCUGUGGAUAAAAGAUAUAGAAAGACCAAUUGUCAGUAGUGAUAAUGUUCAAGAAUUCAGAUUCUGUCGUGUUCCAUUUGGUAUAAUAUCAAGCCCCUUUUUGUUAGGUGCCACUCUUGAGAGCCAUCUAGAAACAUACAACAACAACAUUGCUGACAAAAUUAAAGGUGAUAUCUACGUUGAUAACGUAAUUACAGGUACAAAUACAUGGGAAGAAGCAUAUGAUUUGUACAAGACUAGUAAAAGAAUCUUUGCUAAUGCCUCUAUGAAUCUGAGAGAAUGGGCAUCAAAUAGUUCUCAAUUAAAUGAAAUGAUUCCGACAACAGACCAAACAAAAAGUAUCUCUAUCAAAGUACUCGGACAUACAUGGGAUACAAAAAACGACACACUUACUCUAAAUGAAUCAUCUGUGUCGAGUGAUGAAAGCAUUUUGACAAAACGUAUAAUUUUAAAGCAGAUUGCAUCUGUUUUCGAUCCUCUAGGAUUGUUGUGUCCAGUGGUGCUGGAAGGAAAGAUCCUUCUGCAAUCAAUAUGGAAGAAAAAAUAUGAUUGGGAUGAUUUAAUAGAGGAUGAUGACAUUUGUGAAAUUUGGUCAACUGUGAAAAGUGAUAUAAAAUCGAUUUCUGAUUUUAAAAUACCUCGAUCUGUUUCACUGCAGAAGUACGACGAAGAUACAGAAUACAGAUUGUUGUGUUUUUGUGAUGCUUCGACAAAAGCAUAUGCUACGGCAAUAUAUUUACAUCAGAAAAGCAAAUUAGAAACAAAAGUUGAUUUAGUGUUUGCUAAAAGUAGGCUUGCGCCUUUGAAAGAAAUAACUAUCCCAAGAUUAGAAUUAAUGGCAGUUUUGAUAGGAGUGCGCUGUUUGAAAUUCGUGAGUAAUCAGCUACAGUUAAACAUCAAAGAAAAAUACUUAUGGACAGAUUCUAAGUGUGUUCUUCACUGGAUCCAAAGUAAGAAAGAAUUACCAGUGUUUGUAAAAAACAGAAUUAGUGAGAUAAAAUCAGACGAAGGUAUAAAAUUUGAAUAUGUGUUAGGCAACCAGAACCCAGCGGAUAUAGCAUCAAGAGGCUGUUCGGUAAAAACAAUUAGCGAUGGCAAACUGUGGUGGCAUGGUCCAUUAUGGUUACAAGAGCCAGAAGACAUGUGGAUAAGUGUCAAAAGUGAUAGUGAUAUUUGUGAUAAAUAUGAAAACGACAAUUCAGAAAAAGUUAUGACUGUUUCUGAAAAAGAAAAUAAUGACUUAAGUGUUCUUUCGUCACCUUUUGAAAUUGACAUUGCAAAGUUUUCUUCACUUACAAAACUGUUAAGAGUGACAGCAUUUGCUGUAAGAUUUGUACGAAAACUACGAAAAUUGCCAUGCUGCGAAAGUAAAAGCUUAAAAUACGUUGAGCUUAAAGAGGCAGAAGAAAUUUGGUUAAAACAUGUUCAAAGAAAACAUUUUGCGUGUGUUUAUGAUGCCAUUAAAAAUGAAAAGAAAAACAAUUUGCGGAUUCAGUUUGGUCUCUUUAUUGAUGAAAAAGGUUUAUUGCGAUGUAAAGGUAGAUUAGAAAACGCUGAUCUGACUGAAAGUGCAAAACAUCCAGUGCUUUUACCGAAAAAAGACCGUCUGACCUAUCUCGUGAUUGACAAAAUGCAUAAAGAUCUAUUACACAGUGGUGUUUCUCAAACAUUAGCAUAUACAAGACAAAGAUUUUGGAUUCCACAUGGUCGAGCAGUGGUAAAGUCAGUGUUACACGUGUGUUCAACAUGUCGUCGCUUUGAUGGUGGCCCAUAUAAGAUUCCACAAAUGCCACCACUACCUACAUCGAGAGUCACGGAAUGUAAACCCUUUUCACGUGUAGGACUUGAUUAUUUAGGACCACUUUAUAUCAAAUCUGAUAAGGGACAAUCAAAAGUGUGGAUAUGUUUAUUCACCUGUUUUGUAACACGAGCUAUUCAUCUUGAAAUAGUGAUGGAUAUGUCUACAGAAGAAUUUCUACUAUGUCUUCGAAGAUUUAUUUCUCAAAGAGGCACCCCUGUUCAAAUAUUGAGUGACAAUGCGUCACAAUUUAAAGCUGCAUGCUCCGUUAUUGAAAAAAUCUGGUACAAAAUGCUUCAAAGUGAAGAAGUGCAAACAUAUGUGUCAAAUUCCAGUAUCAAAUGGAAUUUUAUUACCGAACUUGCUCCAUGGAUGGGAGGUUUCUAUGAAAGACUUGUAGGUUAA